GUUAAUUAAAACAAAUCAGUUAGUGUUUACGGUACGUUUGUUGCUAGCUAAAAUGAAUUUAAAAAUUUCAUUUUCUAUAAUUUCUUUAAUUAUACUUAAUCUUUUGAUACCCUUAAAUGCUCAAGAAAAACAAAAAUCUGGGCCAUUAGAUUUAUUUGCGGCCGCUACUGGUCCUGUAGGUAAUGUAAUGACUUUAAUAAGCUUUUUCAAAGAAUUAAUUUCUGUGGGUGACAAUAGUCAAGAAAAAUAUGAGGCACGAUUAACGCAAGCAUUUAAUGACAUACAUGAUAUAAGUAUAAAAGUCAGUGACAUGACAAAUGCAAUACAAAAUGUCGGAACUACAAUUGUAUCAGCCCUUAAUCAAAUAGAAAUUAACAAAUCUUAUAAUGACCGUGUAGCAGAUAUGAUCCAUAUUCUAAAUGAAUCGAAAGAAAUUGAUAUCAAAUUCCGUCAUCACUUAUUGCCCUUAUUAUCAAGAUAUAAAUCUGCCUCACAACAAGAUAUUACUAAAUUUAUUGAUGACACGUUUAACGAUAACAAAUUGUUACGCAGAUUAUUGUUAAUCGAUGAAUGGUCAAGUGGUUUAGCACAAUAUAAAUUAAAUAGUGAUCCGAAUAAUGUAUAUUCAAUUGCGAUUAAGCACUACUCAAGAAUACUGAAAAAUAAAAAUUUUUGCGGUCAAUCAUCAGUUUAUAAUAAAAUACAUGAUAUGUAUCAAUAUAUGUUAGGAUGCAUCAGCGAAGGAUACAGUAUGCUUUUUAUGGCUUACGAAUUCCAACAACAAAGACCUGGAAAUACAGACAAUCGACGCCCUGCACAAAGAAUCGUGCUAGAACAAUACAAAGAAGCAGUUAUUCGUAUGACCACUUCAGUAAACAGUUAUCUGAAAAAAAUCGAUGAGACGGAGUAUAAAAAAUUACAAGAAUGUGACGAUGAGAAAUGGACUGAAGGUAAGAAUUACAUUCGUUUAAAAAAUCAUGUUUCGUAUCAUGAACCGAGUACACGAUGGGACUACGAUCAAAAUGCAGAAAUCUUAAACAAUAUGAAGCCAGAACACGAAUGCAACGGUACACAAGUAUUUUGGAAUCCUUCAGCUAUAUCCGAUGGUGUUAUAUACAGUUUAAACUGUCCACUCAUUUUUGUCAGUGAUUAUACCGAAGAUAGCAGUUGUCAACGUUUUCCAAAGAACGAUUUUACGAAAGCUAAAAAUAUAGAUUGGGAAUCAGCAUGUACUACCGGAGUCAAUUCAAAAUUACAACAGUUAUGUUCUUGCGAUAAACAAAUCGACCAGGAUACUAGUAUACGAACACUAAGUUUAAGAGAACAUUACACUGAUAGUGCUGAUAAUCGAGUUGUUACUGGAAUACGAUUUAUUGUUAAAAAUAAUAUCGUUACGAUACGAAUUCGAGAAGGUAAAUUAGUCAAUGGUAUUAUAGACCCCCAAACCCUCAGAUGGAUAGAUGAUGAUGGUCAGCGUCCUCGAAUGGGUUCUGAUACAGUUAAACUCGGUUAUGAUAUACGAGCGUUUGAAUUAGAUGACAUAGAGUUGCCCGAUGAGCACUUGGUAACAGGAGUCAAAUUUAUCUUGACAAACGAAAAGCGUAUAUCAUUAGCAGUAAGAGGAUCAGCUAUGUAUAAUGAUAGAAAAAGAACUUUCUCAUCAAUUCACGAUCAAUGGUAUUAUUCAAAACCUAAUCCAUAUAAACCAAGAACUAAUAUUGAUAUACAAUAUUCAAAAAAUUCAGCUGAUUUAGAAGAACAUAAUCUACAGUUAAGUACUCCAGGAUUGAAUUACGUUGAUUUCUCAACAUCAGUAUAUUCUUUAAACAGUGAAAAUGUUGCGAUUAUACCAUUUAUAGAUUCACGCGAACUUGUUACUAAUCCACCAAUCGCUCUAGGUGGAUUAGGAAUAUUUUACAAAAGUAGACCCGGCUACGGUGGAUUCAUAGCGUUUAAAUUUAUCACGGCCAAAUAUAAUAUUCAUCUUGACUCAAAUUUUGCUCAAGCUAUGAAUAAUACUUUUUCAGACUUACAGAAGUAUGUAGCAUAAAGAAAUAAUUCGAUAAUAAUUAAUUAGAAUUUUUUUAUCGAGUUUUAACGAAAUCUCUGUUCUCCAUUUUUUUAAAUAAAAGGCAUAGUACAUAAGGUGUACCAUUUUUUAAAAUUUUAAAUCUUUUAGAAAUAAUUUUUGUAUGAAGGAUAAAACCGUAAUACAACCAUCGCAAACUUAAAUAUAUUAGAAUUUUAGUAAGAGCACAGGAAUAUAUAUAUAAAUCUUCAUAAAACCGAUGUAGAAAACAAGCUCAAAUCAUUAUACAUUAUUUUAAAGAAUUUGUUAUAUAUAAAAUUAACUCACCACACCAUGAAAUUUGUAUACCCGCAGACGCUCUAUUAAUUUCUGUAAAAAAAAAACCAUUUCAAUCAAUAAAUAUUUGUUAAUUAAAAAAACA